GUCAAUUAAAUGAUUCCUCCAGACAUAUUCAAGUCAAGAAAUUAUAGUAGUACUGUAGAAUGGCAACGAUGAUUGAAGAAAAUGGUCCAGCAACGCAACAGCCGGGUGGCCUGCUUUCGUCCUCAUCUCGGACAAGACAGAAGCUGGAUAGUUUGCUAAAUAAGAACAUGAAGAUCAGGAUGACAGACGGCCGGACGCUGGUGGGACUGUUCCUGUGCACCGACAGGGACUGCAACGUCAUCCUGGGGUCUGCGCAGGAGUUCCUCAAAUCUACAGACUCUUUUUCCCAGGGGGAACCUAGAGUCUUAGGCUUGGCCAUGAUCCCGGGUCAUCAUGUGGUCUCCAUUGAGGUGGAGUCUGACAGUUUGACCGACACUCAGGGACUGGGGCCUAGCCACUGAAGGAUCUCACCGAACCUGGGAAAUACUAGCAUGGUGACUAACCUUGCCAAGCAACGAAUAGCCUGGUUAGGUAAUGGUUCAUCCCUAAGAAUACAGACAUAUAACAUGGAGGACUCUAGGCAACUUAACUGAAGAUGCAGUUCUCCCAUGUCACUGCCAUGGAUUCCGGUUGUUCUGUGGGUCAAUGUUUGAUCAGGAACCCGUGUUGAUAAGUCUAACAAGACACACAUUGUGACCUCUGGACAUUAAAGCAUGCUUGUGUGUUUAUGUGGGAGUGUGUUAAGUUGAUAUGAUUAUGAAGUAUCCUAUGUGUACCCAAGGAGGCUAGGAUUCAUCCUGGGCUGGGUGUUUGUGUUGUGUGGUAAGGCUGUAUUAAAACCAAGAGUGAUACAAAAAAAAAAAAAAAAAAACCUUUGGUGGUAUUUCAGCUUGUGUGAUUUAGAUG